AUGGCGCAUAUUCGUGGCACCGCAGGCUAUAACCUUGGCCACCAGAACCCCUUUGGAGGUCCCGGAACAGCCGCUGCAACCGACGACCCAAGCCCUUUGGACGCUAUUCGUGAGCAAACAAGCAAGAUUGAAGAUUGGCUGGACACCGUUUCGGAUCCUAUCAAGCCGUACCUGCCAGCCAUUGGUCGUUUCUUGAUCGUGGUCACUUUCCUGGAGGACAGCUUGCGAAUUCUCACACAAUGGAGCGACCAGCUUCUUUACUUAAGCGAUUACCGGAAGAUUCCAUGGGGUCUCACACAUACUUUCCUCAUUUUCAACGUUAUAGCUAUGACCGUGUGCUCUGUCCUCGUCAUUGGCCGUAAACAUGCGGAGAUCGCUGUUGCUGGUCUUCUGGGUGUUGUUGUUAUUCAGGGUCUCGGUUAUGGACUCAUUUUCGAUCUCAACUUUUUCCUCCGCAAUCUGAGUGUUGUUGGUGGUUUGCUCAUGGUCCUCUCCGACUCUUGGGUUCGUAAGAAGUUCGUGCCCGCCGGGUUGCCGCAGCUGGAUGAGAAAGACCGCAAGAUGUACGUCCAGUUCGCUGGUCGCGUCCUGCUUAUCUUCCUCUUCGUUGGCUUCGUUUUCUCCGGUCAGUGGAGCUUGUGGAGAGUUAUUGUCAGCCUGUUCGGCUUCGUCGCAUGUGUUAUGGUCAUUGUUGGUUUCAAAGCCAAGUUCAGCGCAAUUCUUCUUGUGCUGCUGCUAAGCGUGUUCAACAUUCUUGUCAACAACUUCUGGACGCUGCACCCUCACCACCCUCACAAGGAUUUCGCCAAGUAUGAUUUCUUCCAGAUUCUGUCUAUUGUCGGAGGACUACUACUCCUGGUGAACAUGGGCCCUGGCCAACUAAGUAUGGACGAGAAGAAGAAGGUCUACUAA